UAUAAAGCCAAUAAAAAGGUUUUACAUGUAAUAUGUGUUCCGUAAAGUGUAUUUUGGUAUACGUAUGUGGCGAUUUUGUUUAGUUUGUGGGGAAUCAAAUGCAAUACUUUACACAGCGCAUUUAACUCUGAUUGGUCAAUAUUUCAGAUAGUGCACUUAUCAGCCAAGAAAAUGCAAAUGCACUGAGACAGAGGUAGUAAACAAAACACAAGGAAGGUGCCAAGCGUCAGCUGCAUCUCAGCUGAUCGGAAGUGGAGCGCGCAACCCCAAACCAUUGAGGCUAACUUAGCUAGCGAGUGAGGGAGAAAUGGCUGAUACAAUAGCUGAUACAAGGAGGCUAUUCACCAAGCCUCAGAACUUGAAUGACGCGUAUGGACCACCUAGUAACUUUCUAGAGAUAGACGUGAGCAACCCGGAGACGGUCGGUGUCGGCAGGACCAGGUUUACCACGUAUGAAAUCAGACUAAAGACCAACUUGCCCAUCUUCAAGUUGAAGGAGUCUCGUGUGCGGAGACGGUACAGCGACUUUCAGUGGCUCAGAGGGGAGCUAGAGAGAGACAGCAAGGUGGUGGUACCCCCUCUCCCAGGGAAGGCUCUUUCCAGACAGCUGCCGUUCCGAGGGGACGAUGGGAUAUUUGACGAUUCUUUCAUCGAGGAGCGGAGAGCUGGGCUGGAGCAGUUCCUCAACAAACUGAACACAUACAGCAGGACGUCUACUCCUUCGUUCUCCUUCAUAAUUGCCUAGUAAAGGAACAAGAACAGCCAAAGAGGCCGCAAGUGCGUCCCUUAGUACUUGUUUUUUUCUAUAUGUGUAAUUUAUGAUAAUUGAGUCUCAAGUUACAGCGAACGGUUCCUCGAUGGGUGGUGUGUGCACCCCUGCUUAUUUUUUUACCCAAGGUGUUCUCACUCCCACGUGGAGAACAAUAAAAGUUACAGUGGGCCUGUUAUUAUUUGCUUUGAUUGCAGACUUGGCUAUUAUCUUUGUUUCAUGUGCAAAUUAUACCUGUUAGAAUAUUAAGUAUGCCUAAAGACUAGCGAGAAGAGAAAAAAAUAGUUUUUUUCGAAAGAGCGAAGAAUGUGUUGGUAAUUAAGAUUUUUUUUGCUCGAAUUAAACGCUACUGUUGAUCAUGGCAUUGUUCACACUUAAUAGCUGCACAGCGGAGUGGAGUUGGUUCGCUCUGCUGUUAUGAACUGUGAUUGAGUGUAUUGUGGAGAGGAAAACCAUUUACCUAGAGGUAAACAUGGUUAUCAUUUCUAAACAACCCAGCAGAGGAGGAGAGAACAGCACAGUGAAGUUUAAAGGGAAGUUUGCAGGCGAUAUUGUUCAAAAACAAAAGGCGAGAAUAUAGUCGGAGUUAGGAUGGAGGAGUGGGUACAGGGUUAGAUGCGAUCAGGGGCCAGCUUAUUUACGGAUUUUAAUUCAACUCCAAUAAAAAAAAUAUAAAUGUCCGUUUUGAUUGAGUCAUGGAGUGUCAGGAGGGGGGCUCAACUUGCUCAUCUAAUGGCAAAUGGAAGCCUCCUCAAAUCCUCCACAAUGUUUCUGUUGUACAUGAACCCUUGGGGUCAUGCUUGCCCUUCAGAAAUAUUUCCCUUUUAAGAAUGUAGCUGAGUACAUAGGAUGAUGAAAGUACGUCUGUCAUUGGAAAUUGGUCUGUUAAGAGGAAGUAUAUUAUUUUUGGUCUCAGGUGCCCUUUCACUUUUUUGCUCUCUUUCUCCUCUUCUUUCCCCCUCCAUCUUUCUCUUCUCUUUCUUUCUUCUCUUUUGCUUCAAUCUCCCCAUCCCUCUCCCUGACCUUGAUGGUAAUUAU